UUUCCCGUUCAGAAUUCGAAUUUGCAGCGUAACAUGCCCACGUGAAAUGCUAGUCGUCGUCAUAUUUUUCGCGUUCGGAUCAGCAAUGGAAUUUGUGCCGUUUCGCCCCAGCGAGCAGUACAGAUGUGGAUUAUUUCUGCAGAAGAGUAUCGACGACAAAACUCUCAACUAUCUUUAUUCUGGAAUCAAUCACCUAUUGUCGCUGUUCUCGAACAAAUUUCCUCAUAAAGAUCUUCUGAAUCGGCAAGCUCUGCUAGGAGACCUCAAGGAAAUCCAAGUGUCCAUCGAGACGAAGUACACAGAUUGGUGGAUAUGGCAAAGAACCUGGAUUGUUUUCGCUGGUAUCCUGCUCGUAAUUGGAGCGCUCGUGCCAAUUAUCUAUCUACUAUACAGGUUUUGUGUAUGCUGUUGUUUUUCUCGAAAACAAGCAAAGCAAACCACCGAUUCGCGGUACGAUGGGUGUAAGCGAAAUUUACUCAAUGCAAUUAUGACGGUUCUGGUAUUCUUAGAUGUAUUCGCUGCAGCUACACUUCUGAUCACAGAACAGCAUGCCGAGUACGGGUUGGAACAGCUUCCUAGUCGUUUGAAUUACUGUAUUGAUGAUCUGAAUCUGUACAAAAGAAAUACAGACACGAGAAUACGAAAACUGCUGAUUGACGACUAUCAGAUGUUGAAUCGUACGAUAGCUGGACAGAUGUCGAAUGCUGGACGUAAGAUGAUACAGACAGUGAAAAAGCUCACCGGAGCUCAAAGCGUGGAUGCGUUGAUGAAUAUAAGCGACAAUGCUGCGGAAAUUCAUCAGAGCUUGCUUGAGACAAAUAAACAGCUGAAGUUACUCCUUGCAGAUUAUUCACAUUUUGAGGUGGAAUACGGUCGCAUGCGACAAACACUGGGAGGAGAACUGCGUCAGUGUAUAAAUGACGAAAUUGACUCUGUAAAAACAUUGUGUCAUAAAGCUGAGAAACUUUUAGGGGAUUUGGCACCGGUUCCAUUCAAAUUGGCUACGAAAGGCUUUGCGGAGGACGUGGACCUUGCCUUGGAUCUGAUCGAAUCCGCGGGUAUACCGCAGCUGCUCGGCGAUACUGUGAAACGUUUCAAUACAAUGGAGAAUAAGCUGCAAACGGAAGUGGACAAAAAAGUGCACUCAUCACAAACUGUUCUGAAACAAAUUGCUGACAAUCUAUUCGUUAUUGCCGAAAAGAUUUCUACCCAAAUUCGACAAAUAAACUUCGAUAGUCUGUACGAUAUCGUGACCUUUGCCUCUGAUUCGAAGGACAAUCCCGCUACCACCUACAUACAUUAUAGUAGAUGGGUGUCGCUUGCUCUCAUUUCGGUGUUCAUGCUCAUCGCAUUUUGUUUUCUGCUUGGUCUGUUCUACGGUAUCUGCGGACGAAGACCGACUUUCUACAAUGACGACUGUUGUGUGCGCUCAACCGGAGGAAAAUUCUAUUCAUGCGGUAUAUGGAUGACUGUCCUUACCUUUACACUGUUAUCGGCAGUCACCGCGGUACUAUUUUUUGUGGUUGGGAACACUUCCGACAUUCUUUGCGGAACACUUCGUGAUCCUCUUUCUCGACCGGAUAUUAUCGAGCUAGGAGAGCGAUACAUGGACAUAAUACGCAGCAAGAGGAAAUCAGUUGAUGACAUCUUGAAUCUUGUUGGAGACGUGCAACUUGUGGACCUGAUCCGAGCUUGUCAACGAAAUGAAACACUUUACGAAGUGUUCGAGCUUGACAAGCUUUACCACUUGAAACGAUUGAAGGUUUUCGAGAAGGAUGAGUACGAACAGCUAGAAGGGCUGCUCCAGAUUACGUUCGCCGACUUGCCGAGCUUCGAGUCUUUCAACAACACAAUCUCUACGAACUCAUUCGGUCGUUUAGAGCAACUUGCUGCAGUUGAAAUCCCAGAGAUAAAUAGGGCUAUAAUCACCGACAUCGAAGCUACUAUAUUAGCUCUGGAGCUAUCUGCAAAGGCCAAGUCAUUCGAAAGUGGUAUUGAUACGAAUUCGGACAGACCAAAAGUUGUGGCAUCCGUGAUAGAGCAAAUCCAGGCAAUUGACUCGCAUCUUGCACGUCCUCUUCGUUCGAAGCUUAGUACAUUAGCAAAGAAUUUGACGCAAAUCAAUGAAAAAAUUGCUCGAAUGAAGAUUCCCGUAGCAUCCCUGCUGGGUAAGCUGCAACAUUCUCAGGCGCUGCUUUCGGAAGAUCUUCGGGAGAGCUUACACAAAGCAGCCCGGCUACAGCUUCAAGAGAUUGUGACGAACGUCGACGCCUAUGUCGAUCAUGUUAAGCAUGAGAUGCAGCGCGAGGUAUCAUCAUGUACUCCCAUAAAGGAAAUCCUCUCAUCAUCAACGGCUGCAGUCUGUGAUCAUGCUAUUGAUCCCAUGAACGGGGUUUGGAUGGCAAUGCUUAUCAGUCUGCUGUGUCUGAUACCAGUUGUUGUGAUCUCGACCUCUCUUGUAAACCUAUACGACAAAAUGCAUUCCUAUCCAAAAUACGUUGUUGAAACUCCGCAGGACAAUCCUCACAUGUCUUCUUUUAUUACGGAUAUCUAUGAAACAAGGCAGAAACCUACCUACUCUCACUACGCCUACGGAACCAACUACCCUCGCAACUUCCGGUAGUACAAAUGUUAUGUACCUCAUUGCUCACCUGCAGAAUUGCGUGUUCCAAGAUGAUGCGCUUUCUGACCAUAAGUUCUCAAGGACCCGGGAUCGCUCUAUUUAUCGCUGUCGUGUUCUGAUUUGCAAAUGUAGCUUUUAGCAGUUUUACCGCCAUGAUUUCCAAGCGACAAUGAUAUACUCUGUGAAAUACGGGACGAAUCGUUACGAUAUUCCCGAUAGUCUGCAUCAUAUUAUUCCUACCUGUGUCAUUUCGUUGUAUUGUCGAUUACACUAUCAGAUUUUUGUCUUUCAUUAUGUGCCUUAUAGAUUGUAAUCUACCAAGAAAAAAUUUUCUUUUACCUUGAAAUUGUUAUAAAUGAUGAAUAAGUG